CGGCGGCGGCACGUGGUGGUCAUGGCCGUCACGCACCCACGCUUGCUGCACGGCAAAGCACGGCACAACGCUGCUGCUGCUGCUGCUGCUGAUAACCCGACAUGUUCGCUGCUCGUCAUGGCCUGCCAGGCACGCUUUUUCUCAGCGGGUCUUUGUUCGUCCUCCGCACACCUGGACAAGCACUUCAGCUUCCACCUGUGACGUACGCACAAGCGCGGGGGGGAUGGCCACACACUAGAUACCAACACAGUGCUGUUGCUACGGUGCAACCUUCGGAGCUGGCGCCGAUGAUGCGCAUCGCAUGCCAGGGGCAAACCACUCGAGGCCACCGUUUUUCAAAGCACAGUUUUGGAAGAUGUCUGCAACGCCACCUUUGGGAUACGACCGUCUCGUCGUCAUCGACCUCCUCCUCCUCCGCCCCGCGCUCAGCUGUCAAUCUCCACGCUCCUCCGCCCGUGUCACACGAGCCUUGGGGUUUCGUCUUCUGCCUGAUCUCUGCACCCUCGAGGCCGAAUAUUCGGGGCGCGCCCAAGUCUGUGAGCUCGGGAUCUGCUUCAUCAAUGCCAAUUGAGCUCUCGCCAACUGCCGCGGCCAUUGCCCACAGUGCCGGCCCGGCCGCUCCGCCGCGACACGCGCACCACAAUGCUUCCGGAGGACAAAUUCAAUCGCCCCACCCCGCCGCGCAGGGCAGGUAAUCAGCGAGGCGGUGGACAAAAAGAAAGCCGCGCACCACACCAACAGGGGUCCAUGUCAGCGUCCGAUUUAUUCUGUCACCCGCCUCGAUCGGCGCCCUGCCUGUACGGAUACGUCAGGUUACGGGAAGCUCCGCCAGAGCCAGUCAAGAAUCUUGGUAAAAGCCUUGACUUCUUUCUCGCGAGAAGCACGUCGACGUACAUCGUUUGGCAACGUCGGCAUCGCGAUCUCGUGCAGCCACAAAACCCCCGGCCACGGCC